AUGCCUCCGGUAAGUCCUCCGCCUAGUGGGGUUGGUCUCGGAUAUGGCAUCGCCAUUGCCGUAAGCAUCUUGGUUCUCAUAUCCUUUAUAAUGCUGGCUUCAUACAUCUGCAUAAGGUCUAAAUCUACAGGAAGAGGAGAUGAAGCCAGGACGAGUGACGGGGCUCUUGACUCGCCGUCUCCCGCGGCCGAGGUGAAACUCGGUCUGGACCGUCCGGUGAUAGAGUCAUAUCCAAAGAUAGUGUUGGGAGAUAGCCGGAGAUUACCGAGGCCCAACAGCGGCCCAUGUUCGAUAUGCUUGUGUGAUUACGAGGCUAGGGAACCGGUUCGGUGUAUACCGGAAUGUAACCACUGCUUCCAUACUGAUUGUGUCGAUGAGUGGCUACGGACAAGUGCUACGUGUCCUCUUUGUAGGAACUCACCGGCUCCUUCUAGGCUAGCCACGCCCUUGUCCCAUUUCUCCCCGCUUGCCUUCCAAAUCAGGUGA